GAUCCGGCAACGCCAGCGCCAACAACUCAGCAACGAAUCAAAAACAGCUGCGCUGUUUGCAUUUAACGCGAUUUGUGUCUUCAUUUUAUGAGAUGAUAUGCCGACUCUGUCUGGAGGAUGCUGAGCACGGUGUGCCCAUUUUCGGGCAGGAGGCGGCGGCCAUGCAACCGGCUCUCCUGAUCGAGCGGCACCUGCAGCUGGUGUUGGCGGCCAACGAUGCGGUGUCCACUAGCCUGUGCAACCGAUGCUGGCAACAGUUGGGCGACAUCGAGCACUUCUGCGCCAUGGUGGCGGAAAAGCAGCGCUCCCUGCACCGCUCCCUGCAGCUGAAGACGGAGAUGCCCGAGCUGCCGGAGCUGGCCGACCCGGAGCCGGAGCCUGCCAUGGUAGUGUGGAAUACGGAGACGCCUAUGGAGCCAAAGCUUGGUUUCGAUGGCGACGAUAUUAAGGAUCAUAUACUCUGUGAACCGGUCAUCGAUGCAAUGUCCGCUGGCGACGACAAGGACAGUGAUUAUGGCGACACCUUUGAACCGGAUUUUGAGCCUUCGGGCUAUCAGUCCGAGGGCGAACUAGAGCCCAAGCCAGAUCCGGUGAAGCCACGGCGCAGGGGCAGGCCGCGAAAGACACCGCUGCAGCAGACACAGCAGAUCAUCAAGCGGAAGUACGAGAAGCGGAAGCAGCCCAAGCCCAAGAUUUCCAGCGAGCUGUCACUGCGCGAAUCGCGGGCACGUCUGAGGGAAUUGAAGCGCACCAGCACCGGUGGCAGCCUUGAUGCCAACGAUACCGACGACGGUGAGGAUGAAGAUGAGGACGAGGAGGAGGAGAAGGAGAUGAUGCCGACGGAUGUCGAAGGUGUCGAGAAGGCCAAACCCAGUGGCGGCAAACGUGGUAGACCGAAGAUCAAAAAGGAACCGGGCGACGAUGAUAACGAUCCCUCAGACCCGCCCGUCAAGCGUAGCAGCAUCAAGGAAAUGGACGACUAUAUAGCCGCCAAUGUGAAGCUGGACUGUGCCCUGUGCGCCGCACCGCUGGAGGACUUUAACGAUCUCAAGCGCCACUUCCGCGUGGAGCAUGACUGCACCGGUUUCGUCAAGUGUUGCAACAAUCGAUACAAGAAGCGGACACUGUAUGUGGACCACCUGCACUGCCACAAGGAUCCGCAGUACUUUAGCUGCCAGAGCUGCCGCAAGAACUUCCUCAAUCGGAAUAGCCAGGUGAUGCACAUGCUGCGCUUCCAUUCGCAGCAACAGGAGCUGGUCCAUCAGUGUGCCAUCUGUGAGGCGCGUUUCGCCAAGAAAUUCCUGCUGACCAUGCAUCUCAAGGGCCACAAGGGCACUGAGCGGCCCGAAGUGUGCGAGGAUUGCGGCAAGACAUUCCGCACCAAAUUCGAACUGAGCGCCCAUGUUAAGCGUAUGCAUGCUGCUGACUUUACGCCCAUCAUUUGUGACAUCUGUGGAACGCAUUUCCGCUCGAAGGCCAAUUUCCUGAUACACAAGAAGGCUCUGCAUCCGGACGGGCCCGUGGCGGAGGUGCAGUGUACCCUGUGCGGCCGCUGGCUGCGGGACGAGCGGAGCCUGCGCAAGCAUCUUGCACGCCACGAUGAUCGCGACGGCGACACUAAGUACCGAUGCCUGCUCUGCAAUGCAGAGAAGUCAUCCCGUGCCGCACUCAGCAGCCACAUGCGGUACCAUCACUCCGCCAAGCGGCACAAGUGCAGCCUUUGCGACAAGGAGUUUAAGCUGCCGCGAGCCCUGGCCGAACACAUGGCCACCCAUACGGGCAUCGAUCUAUACCAGUGCCAGUUCUGUACGCGCACCUUUAAAUCGCAUGCCAAUAUGCAUAACCACAAGAAGAAGAUGCAUCCAAAUGAGUGGGUGCGCAAGUACUCACAGCCCAGCAGCAGCAUUGCGAACAGCAACAUUAAUACCACCACCACCACAUCCUCAGCCCUGGCUAGUCUGCCUCCGCCACAAGCCCAGCAGCAGUCACAGCAGCAGCAGCAGCAACAGCAGCUACCUCCUCCGUUGUCAGCACCACAGACGACUCUGGCGACGACAACGACGACGACGGGAGGUGGUGUCCAAAUGCUACCCGGCAUGGGUGCACCAUUGACCAUUGUACCCAAGACUCUCAUCGAGAUACCCGAUCCCGAGGGCUUUGACUUUGCCAGCAACAGCUCCGUAUGCCCCACACCAGACUGAAUAUGUGUGUGCUUGAGCGCGAGAGAGAGAGAGAGUGAGUGCGUGUGUGUGUAUCCAUUCCCUGGCCGGGAUUUAUGUAUAAAAUCGUACAAAUAAAUUUGAGUAAUUAAACUGUA